GGAUGAGGCCGGAAGAAGGAAAGCAGAAGGUAGGAUCGAAGAACGAGGAGAUGUUUCCACGAGUAAAAAGGAAAAUAUAUUAGAGCUAUGUCUAUUUUCUGCAAAAUCUUACUGAAACCAGAGGUUGAGGAAUAUCUCAGGGCUACAUUUAAAAAUGAUGAGAUUACAACAUGCAUUGGUCAACUGAAAGCAGAAGAGAAAUAUGAGUCCUUGUUAAAUAACCUAGCGCACCCACCAGCUUUUACCAGUGUUCGGAUAAACACACAUUUGGGAUCUGUGGAAUAUGUAAGACAUCUGCUUUCCAAAGAGAUCCAAAAGCAAUAUGAAAAUCUUAGUGUUCCAGUUCUACAGCAUCCAGAACUUCCUGACAUGUUACUUAUUCCUGUUCUUGGACCCAGAAAGGAUCUGCAAAGAUUGCCAAAUGAAGUAAUUGUUGAUGCCCAGUGUGGAAGUGCAGUGCUUCGUGGAGCACAUGUUUAUGCUCCUGGGAUUAUAUCCGCUUCAAAGUUCAUGAAAGCUGGCAGUAUGGUUUCUGUGUACUCUGAUAUUGAAGGGAAAUGCAAAAGAGGAGCCAAAGAGUUUUCCGGGAAUAAAGUUUUCAUUGGAAAUGGGAUUUCAGAAUUGAGCCGCAAUGAAAUAUUUACUUCUAAUGGCCCAUUGAAAGGGCUGGGAAUAAAAAUGACUGAACCAAUUUACCGUAGUCCCUCAUUUGACAAUAUGUUAUCCAGUUAUAUAUUUUUACAGAAUUUGCCCUCAUCAAUUGUGAGUUAUGUUUUAAAUCCUCAGUCAGGACAGAGAGUCUUGGACAUGUGUGCUGCUCCGGGGGGCAAAACUACCCACCUUGCAACACUAAUGCAUGAUGAGGGGGAAGUGAUAGCGCUGGACAAGAUAGCGGACCGAGUGAAAAAGAUUGAACAAAAUGCUGCAUUACUAAAUUUGAAUUGUAUUAAAGCUUUUUGUUAUGAUGGUACCAAGGCGCUUACUGAUAGCAAAAUAGAGAAUGGACAAGAAGGACCUCCAUUCUUACCUGAGUCUUUCGACAGGAUACUUCUUGAUGCUCCAUGCAGUGGAAUGGGACAGAGGCCAAAUUUGGCUUAUUCAUGGUCUUUAAAAGAAAUAACUUCCUAUCAGCCUUUGCAACGCAAGCUUUUUAGAGUGGCAGUGCAAUUGCUAAAGCCAGGGGGCAUCCUAGUAUAUAGUACGUGCACAAUUACCCUUUCUGAGAACGAAGAGCAAGUGGCUUGGGCACUAGAAACUUUUCCUUGCCUCCAACUUAAGUCACAGGAGCCCCAUGUUGGCGGAGAAGGCAUGAUGGGAGCUGGACUGUCACCUGAGCAGCUGAAACUGCUACAGAGAUUUGAUCCAUCUGAAAUUAUUUUGCAAGGAAUUGACUGUUAUUCUUUGCAAAAUGUCAACUUUGAGGAUUUGAUACGCCUGGCAAACAAAGACUGUAUAGGAUUUUUUAUAGCAAAAUUUAUAAAAGUGCAGUGAAAAUUGCUUUAUACAUCAAUGUAAAUAAAUCUAUGCUUUCUUUUUA